CCUUCGUUUUGACGUAGUUGAUCAAUCUCUCUCAAUUUUCUCCCCCUUUCUCUGAUCUUGUCCAAACUCAUAACUCAUACGUUCACUCCUCUCUCUUCCUCUUGCAAUGCAUUACUAGUAACUUGCACUUACUUCCUUCUAGAUUUCGAUCGAUCAAUCAAUCAAUCAAUCAAAUGGGUUCUGUGCCAUCAACCCCGCGAAUUCCCCAAGAAACGGCAGAAUAUAUCAUUGGUACUUUUGUCGGCGAGAAAUCAUUUCCUAUCACAUCUGAAUUUUGGAAUCAAUUACUGGAGCUUCCUCUCCAUUUCCAUUGGUCUCCUGACCGUGUUCGUCAAGCUUGCAACUCUUUGGCGCAAAACAAUCAUGAUACAAGGCAUCUUGUGAAGCUUUUGCUCCACUUUGCAAUCUGUUUGCAAGAUUGUAUGAGCUCGGAUGCUCCAUCCAUCACUUAUACAAAGGCUUUGAAUGCAACAUACUUGUCUUCAAUAUUUUUGACACAUUUAAUAGAAAAUAGCAAGACUGGAAGCAUAGAGGAAUUGAACCUUGCUUUGAAUGAUAGUGAGCUCCCAAGUAGAUUUCCUAAAGAUCAAAGUAUUGAACAAAUUGUCAUCCACAGUGCUCUUAGCUUUAUUUGCACAUUUGAGACUAGUCCUUCCACAUAUUUGCUUCAUUGUGAACUACUAAACUUCAUGAUGCUCACCAUGUCGACUCAGCUUCUCUGUGGGCCAUCCCCUGGACCAAAAGAUUUCCAUCCUUUUCUUAAUGCCUUUAUGUCCCAGGAACCUUCUCUGGUUGCACUGGUGGUCUCUAAGCUGCUGCUAAAUUAUAUUUCACAACAACAAAGUACUUUCAGUGGUGCAUCCUACUCUAAUCCAGAAGGGAUUCAAUCUGGAGUCUUACAAAAAGUUGGAUCUGCUGCUGCGAACUUGGUGUUAUUGCCGCUAAAUCUUAUUGUUGGUUCAAACAAUGAAGGCUCAAGAAUUGUGUUGGCCAGGAGCAGUCUUCAUGUACUUCUUAUUCUUGUUCAUUUUCGCAAAUGUCUUGUUACUGAUGAGCUUCUCAAUGGUGAAAAAGAUGUCAAUGCUACUUCAGAUAAUUUGGUUAAGGAGAAGAUACUUUUUUGUGAAAAUCCAUUUUGUAAGGCUUUAGAAAAUGCAAAGGAUGUUGAAUUUGAUCGAGGCGAUAUUGAGGGGAAUGCUCAUAGCGGCCCAUGUGUGAGGGUACCCUUUGCCUCCCUCUAUGAUACUUUAGGAAUGUGCUUAGCUGAUGAAGCUGCAGUUUUGUUACUUUAUUCCUUGGUGCAUGGGAAUGCAGACUUCCUCGAAUAUUUGCUAGUACGGACUGAUCUUGAUACUCUGUUGAUGCCCAUCUUGGAAAUAUUGUACAACACUCCAAAGAGGACAUCAAAUCAGAUUUACAUGCUAUUGAUCAUUCUUCUUAUUCUCAGUCAGGAUUCUACUUUCAAUGCUAGCGUUCACAAAUUGAUGCUACCAAGUGUACCUUGGUACAAGGAACGGCGCCUUAACCAUACAUCGCUGGGAUCUUUGAUGGUGGUUAUUCUAAUUAGGACUGUGAAAUAUAAUUUAUGCCGGUUGCAGGAUGUUUAUCUUCACACAAAUUGUCUGGCAACAUUGGCGAAUAUGGCUCCUCAUGUUCACCGUUUGGAUGCAUAUGCAUCUCAAAGAUUAGUCAGCCUCUUUCAUAUGCUUUCUCGCAAGUACACCAAGUUAACAGAAGUACAAAAUGACAGGACACCGUUAGAUAAAGUGAAUUCUGUAGAAGGUGACAAUGUUCUGGAAGAUGUGUCCAUGGAGUUGCAUGUUUAUACAGACUUCUUACGGAUUGUUCUGGAAAUAAUAAAUGCAAUUCUGACCUAUGCUCUACCCCGGAAUCCAGAGGUUGUAUAUGCUGUGAUGCACAGACAGGAGGUAUUUCAGCCAUUCAGGAAUCAUCCACGAUUUAAUGAACUGCUUGAAAACAUUUUUACUGUUUUAGAUUUCUUCAACAGUCGAAUGGAUGCUCAAGAGUUAGCUGGUGAGUGGUCUGUGGAAAAGGUGCUUCAUGUUAUAACCAACAACUGCAGAUUGUGGCGUGGGGAAGGAAUGAAGAUGUUCACCCAAUUGCGCUUCACAUAUGAACAAGAAAAUCAUCCUGAAGAAUUCUUUAUUCCAUAUGUGUGGCAGCUUGCUAUAGCUAACUGUGGAUUACCAUUCAAUCCUAGCAAAAUAAACUUGUUUCCAGUCGAUCCGCCUAGAGAGAGUGCUUAUAAUGGAGAAGAAAAUCCUAAACAUGAAAAUGAAGAACCAAGUUCAAAUGGAGUUGAACUUGAUCCCUAGUAAUUCUCGACAACCGAUUAUACUUUUGUCUCUUGAAGUAUUUGUUUCCGAAAUCCGAAUGUAAAUAUAGAUGAAUAGCUGAAAAUUUGUAAUUCUUCUCAUUCUUUUCUGUCCAUAUGUUGAAGCAAUUAUGUAAAGGACUUUUGCCUAUUAUAGUACGGCGUACGUGGAUGUAAUUUUGAUUUUGUUACAAAACAAAUUUCUCAAAAGAAUAGCUUAAAGCUUGUCCUUGGA